CGCAGGCAGUUAAAUCUAAGGAAGCUACGUUUUGGAGGAAAAUAAUGUUGUAAUUUCGUUAACAACUCGUGUUUUUUAUUAAUACGCAUGCUCGUUGUAAAAAUGAUUCCACUUCAAGCGUUUUCAACGUUCCAAAAAGACAAGAAGGGUGUAUUUUCAAGCCUAGUUUAAGUCAAUGAUGACCCACGUUAUAAAAAUUAUGAAAAUGCAAAUGCAAAAGUACACAUUCAUUUUGCAUUCUUAUAUAGCGAUGCACUGGUGUUCGAAUCCCGCUGGCGGGUACCAAUUUUUCUAAUGAAAUACGUACUAAAAAAAUGUUCACGAUUGACUUUCACGGUGAAGGAAUAACAUCGUGUAACAAAAAUCAAACCCGCAAAAUUAUAAUUUGCGUAAUUAUUGGUGCUAGGACCUCUUGUGAGUCCGCACGGGUAGGUACCACCGCCCCGCUUAUUUCUGCCGUGAAGCAGUAAUGCGUUUCGGUUUGAAGGGUGGGGCAGCCGUUGUGACUAUACUGAGACCUUAGAACUUAUAUCUCAAGGUGUGUGGCGCAUUUACGUAGUAGAUGUCUAUGGGCUCCAGUAACCACUUAACACCAGGUGGGCUGUGGUGAGCUCGUCCACAGGUCUAAGAAAAAAAAAAAAAAAAAAAACCCUAGCGCACAAACGUAAAAGCAUAUUUAAAAAAAAUCAUCACCACAUUGAACUGGACUAAUCCUGCACGUUAAUUUCUAAGUAAAAUACCUAGGGGAAACUUCAGACACCGCAAUAAAUGAGAUCACAACAAUAACAAAUCAUAGAAUUCGUGAAUGACUGUACACACAAUUUUCCUGCAGGAAGAAACUCAUUUACAUUAAUAAAACAGCGUAUGUUUGAUUUAUUUUGUGGUCUGCUCAUUGUAUUUUCCUUAAACGAAUACUCUAUAUAAGCGAUGGAUUCAUUUGCCACCGAACAGUUGAAAAACGGUGGACACGAUGUACAGACUAGUGUGCUUCCUUGUUUUGGUGGGCGCAGUCGCGGCUAACGACAUUGUUAUCGGCCACGAAAAUGGCAAGAAAAUAUACGAUAGCAACAGAACCGCCAGUCCGGCGAUAUGGAGACGAGCUGACAAGAUAACCGUCAACGCUACAGACAACGAAGUCAUCAGCGGCGUGAUCAUCACAGAUUUGAGGGCGGAGAAGGACGGAGAGGUGCAAAUCGUCGAAGGGGGACAAGGACAGAAAAACGUUACCUUCGAGUUGAAGAGCCCGGCUGUGUUCAGAGGCUACGAAUUCCACGUUGAAGUUUAUUCUGUGCCCGAAGAUGAAAUACAAGCAGAAGUAAAUACCUCCACCGGGCUACAGGACGCGAAAUUGCCAGCAUCCGUCGCUGGAGAAACGCAUAACCCGGAGAAGAAUUUAAGAGAAACGCGAAAAACCGAAACGACUGCGACAGCUACGUCUGAAGCUUCAAAUGAGAAAACGACCUUCACAGCGACAACUGAACAAGGCCAAACUUUGAUUACGACCCAGAAACCUGAGGAGUUCUUCAAUCCUAUUGCCAUGAGCAAAGACAUUAAUAUUAACGGCAUUCCGACGACAUCAAACGUGGACGUACAAAGUACAACCGAGGUUAAUGUUGAAGGUAGCACUACUGCUGAUCGCACCACGGCGGUAGGCCGCAAAGAAGAGCUUCCUACCGAUAACGAUGUCUCCCAAUUCGCGCUGUUAAAGGACAAUUAUGCUCCUUCGACUUCGCAGCACGCUUCGACGAUUCCACCAGUGGGUUACAGCACGCACGUAUACAAAAAUAAGUACGCGCGAAAUGAUUAAAGUUAAUUUAACUUUCUAGGUUAGGUUGACCAUCGCUAUUUUGUUUAGCAAAUGGUCAUAUUUGUGUAAUACACGUGACCCUCCUAUAAAACGGUUCUAAAAAUUCCCUAAAACCCCUAUUUCGAUGACACGUUAAAGAUAUUUUUGUUUAUUUAGAAAGAAUAUGUAACCGAAAUUGUAUUGCAUUUUUUUUGUCUAAUAGGUUAAAAAAUACAUACAGGCAUAGUUGAGAUAUUUCGUUCAGAAAUUACUCUCUUUUUUUUUGUAAUGGCUUCUUGUCUCAUUAAAACAAUUUCGCACAACACGGGGCUUUGUAGAACCGUGUAAUAUUCGUAGGAGGGUUACCUGUAUAUUGUUUAUUUAUAAAGUUCUAUUGCCUAUUUAUAAAGUUCAGAUAUUGAAGAAAAUAGCCAGCAUUGAUAUAGCAUUGUACUAAUUUAAAUUCGAAGCUAAUGUGCUAAAAUAAAAACUCUGAAGGAUA